AUGGGCCAUCAUUAUUUCCAACUUGUACAUUUUGGACGGGUUAGAUUACUGAAGUUGGUUCAAAUAUGGCCUAGGGCUUUUUGUAAAACAAGCAUUAACAAUUGCUUACGAAUUCCUAACAAUUUCACACUUCACGGAUUGUGGCCCGACAACUACAUUGGGCAGUUGAGUAAUUGUGCCGGCACAGCUUUCAACUAUAUUAAGGAUCAAAAUUUGGUUUCAAGAUUAGAAUCUAGUUGGCCUGAUCUACUUAAGCUAGAUUGUAAAGGACCAAAUGGCCAGUCAUUUUGGAAGCAUGAAUGGACGAAACAAGGCACAUGCUCUACUACACCAAAUGAUUAUGAUGCCUACUUCAAAUUGGCAGCAGAUUUGAAGAAUGAGUACUACAUUUUACGGACCCUCCGACAAAGUGGAAUUCAGCCUGCAGAAUCUAUGGAGUCAAUGCAUCCAUUAUUGGAGGUACAAGAAGCCGGAUUCAGAUAA